AUGAAUAACAGUACGUCAUCUAUUUGCUUAUCAAAUAAGACGGAAACCGAUGUGCUUGUGUGGCAAAUUGGUGCUUUACUAUUUCCUAUUGUUGGUAUACCGGGCCAUCUACUUAUGAUAAUCACAAUGUUAAUGUCCAAUCGACGACGCCGUCAACCAACAUCGUUGUAUUUCAUCUUUAUUUCUCUUACUGAAACAAUUUAUUUAUUAUUCAUAUUUUGGGAUUGGCUUGAUGCUGUCAAUUUAGUACGAGAUCCACGUCAAGUACUUGACUGUGGAUUUUUUUAUCCAUUUGUCCGUGGUACGGGAUUUGUCUCGCUUAUAUUAUUUGUUCAAUUAAAUAUCGAUCGAAUUUGUAUGAUUUCAAAACCACAAAAAACAUAUUCGUAUCUAACACGUAAACGAAUUCUAGUAAAAAUAAUAUUAGCAUUUAGUACAUUAUUAUUAUUCAUUUUUCAUUAUCGUUUCUCUCUUCAUUAUGAUUCGACAGCAUUUAUUAUAUAUGGGCAAUCAUGCCGUGUAUAUAAAUAUGCACACAGAUGGUAUUAUUCUAUAUGGCCCUAUAUACAUUUAAUUUGUCGUUUAACGCCAUGUGUUAUUCUGAUUUAUUGUGCAGUAUAUAUUUUUUAUAAUCGUUACGAUGAAAAUAAUGAUCGAAAAACUUCAUCGCAUCGACAGCAACAGAAAUUUUCCUUAGUACUUGUUGUUGUUGGUAUAUAUACGUUAACAGCUCUUAUACCAAUAACUAUUCUACAAAUAUUUAAUCAAGCAAUGGGGAAAUAUGAAUUCGAAUGUUUUUCAUGUCAUUGUAUAGAAAAUAAUAUUCAAGCAAAAAAUUGGAAAUUAUUAAAUGCGUUAUGUAUUAUGUGGGAAACUUCGAUUUACAUGAGUAAAUUUUAUAUUAAAUAUUUAUUUUCGUCGGAUUUUCGUUAUGAUGUUAAACAAGUAAUGUUUUAUCGGAAUACAACUGAAACUACGAAUAGAACUUGA